UCUCCCCUCUCACCCCUCCAAAUUUGUCCUUUUGAUGCUCAUAUAUCAUGUAACCCUUUCUUCUCCUCUCUCCAUUUCUCUCCUUUUUGUGGAGUUCUUCUGUCGAUUUCACAACUCAAUUCAACCCAGAUAGCACAAUUCUAUCCCAAAUCGGCUGAAGGGGAACAAGCCCUAGGCGCCCCACAAAACAAAAACCCUAAAUUUGACGCCUUUAUUCUCAUUCUCUACCAUUACAUAUUUCCCCUACUCUCAAUUCAAUUCAACACCCAAAUACCUCCUCUUCCAUUCGUGUCUUCUUUAUUUAUUUUUUUUUUCUUCUGUUUGCUUCGCGUCUGUAUUUGUGCAGUUGUUGAAUUUAUUGGGUUUGGCUCUGUGAAAAGAGAAGAGGGGAGAUAGGGGCAAGAAAUGGAGGGAAUACCGCAUCCUGUGCCUCGAACUGUUGACGAGGUCUAUAGCGACUUCAAGGGCAGGCGUGCUGGCUUGAUCAAGGCUCUCACAACUGAUGUGGAGAAGUUUUACCAACAGUGUGAUCCUGAGAAAGAGAACUUGUGUCUGUACGGGCUCCCAAAUGAGACAUGGGAAGUUAACCUGCCGGUUGAGGAGGUACCACCUGACCUUCCAAAGCCAGCAUUAGGAAAAUUUGCAAGGGACGGGAUGCAAGAGAAAGACUGGUUAUCAUUGGUUGCAGUUCACAGUGAUUCAUGGUUGCUUUCUGUUUCAUUUUAUUUUGGUGCUCGCUUUGGGUUUGGUAAGAAUGAGAGGAAGAGGCUAUUCCAGAUGAUAAAUGAACUCCCUACGAUUUUUGAAGUUGUGACAGGGAAUGUUAAACAACCAAAGGACCAAUCUGCUAAUCACAACAAUAGUACCAAAAGCAAAUCAAGUGGGAAGUCUCGUCAAUCUGAGCCCCAAGGUAAGCCAGUGAAGAUGUCUCCACCAGUCAAGGAGGAGGAUGAGAGUGCUGAUGAAGAAGAAGAAGAUGACGAACAAGGUGCAACAUGUGGUGCAUGUGGUGAUAACUAUGCCACUGAUGAAUUCUGGAUUUGCUGUGAUGUGUGUGAGAGAUGGUUCCAUGGCAAAUGUGUAAAGAUAACACCUGCAAAGGCCGAGCAUAUCAAGCAGUACAAAUGCCCAGGCUGCAGUAGCAAGAGGGCUAGAGUCUAAAGGUAGGAUCUGAAGAUGGAGACCGACACCAACUGAACAAAGCAGACAAGGGUUAGAACUUUUUCAUUACAGUUUGAAAGUGAAACAGAGUCGUCGUCAAUUUUAGUUAAUGAAUUCAAAUGACUGCUUGUGGGAUUUUAAGUUCUGUUACUCUUGGUUACUGUUCUGUUUAAUUUUCUUGGGAAUUUGUGUUUCUAAAUAGUUUAUGGAAACUAGAUAUAGUUCUAUAUAAUGUUAAUGAAGUCUUAUGUUUAUGAAUUUCUGCUCUGGUAUGGGAGUCGAGUAGGUAGCUUGUGGGGUUUGUAUUGUGGCUUUCUCAAA